AUGGUUGCCCCCGCGGGUGAACAAGAGCCGGCCAAGCCCGCGCCGGCUCGCAAACUCACCAGGGAGGAAAGGGUCGAGCAGCGCAAGAAGAAGAUGGGCCCUUCGGUUCGGUACCCGUUUUGGUUUGGAGGUAGCGCCAGCAGCAUGGCUGCCUGUGUAACGCAUCCCCUGGAUCUGGGUAUGCCUUCCAACCUUUCCGCCGCCGUGCGACUGCAGAUGCGCAAAGGCGAUGCGCCCAGGUCCAUGAGCGGCACGUUUGUCCGCAUCAUCAAAUCGGACGGACCGCUCGCGCUGUACAACGGCAUAUCGGCCUCUCUUCUCCGCCAACUCACCUACUCGACCGUGCGGUUCGGCGUCUACGAAGAAAUCAAGUCGCGCUACACGAAAUCCGGCCGCGAACCCAGCUUCCCAGUGCUGACCGCCAUGGCCGUCACGUCCGGCUUCCUCGGCGGCAUCGCCGGCAACUUUGCCGACGUUCUCAACGUCCGCAUGCAGCACGACGCUGCGCUCCCCGCAAGCGAGAGGCGGAACUACAAGAACGCCGUGGACGGCAUGGUUCGCAUGGCGCGGGAAGAAGGCCCCCUGAGCUGGUUCCGAGGCUGGCUCCCCAACAGCAGCCGCGCGGCGGUAAUGACGGCCGGCCAACUGGCCACGUACGACACCUUCAAGCGGCUGCUGGUUGACUACACGCCGCUGGGAGACACCUUGACGACGCAUUUCUCGGCAUCCUUCCUGGCCGGGCUGGCUGCCGCGACGGCCACCAGCCCCAUUGACGUGAUCAAGACGAGGGUCAUGUCGUCGACGCAGAAGCAGGGUAUAAUUCGUCUCGUAGGCGACAUUUACAAGACGGAUGGUCUGAGGUGGAUGUUCAAAGGCUGGGUACCCAGCUUCCUGCGACUAGGACCGCACACCAUCUGCACAUUUGUUUUUCUGGAGAUGCACCGCAAAGCAUAUAGAAAUGUCAAGGGUCUCGAUGAAAAGAAGCUGUGA